GUCUCACGUGGGGUGGCGGGGGCAGUAGGUCCCGGUCAUCAGGCCCAUCCCACAUCAGCGGCUGCAUCCCUUAGCCAACAGGGAGCUACCGCGUUGGAAGGAAAAGUGCAGGCCUACCCCAGGAGGGAGACGGGCAGCGACCUCUCUGGGCACCUGUGCGCAGGCUCAGAACUCGCCAAUCCUAGGCUACAAGAACUGCAGCAUUUCAAUGUGGAAAAGGAGAAGAAAUGACAAUGAAGAAGCCAACCAGCAUUCUCCACAUUCCAAAAGGAGUAAGAGAGAUCCUGUUUUUCAGGAUUCCCAGGAUAUAGAGUCAUCGAGCAGUGAUAAUGAAAGGAACCACCACAGCAUCAACCACCCCAAGAGGGAGUGUGUACAAGAAAGCAGCUUAAACCAGGGCAUUGCUGAAUUUGAUUCGACUAUCCCUGAGUACUCCCAUGAGGAAUAUGCACUGUGCCAAGGUCCUUACUCCCACAUCAACCAGGUCUUGAAGGAGGCUCACUUCCACAGCCUACAGCAGAGAGGACAAUCUCCAACAUGAUGGGAAGUGUUCCUUCUUCCUUGUUUAUAGAAACAAUCAGAUACACAAAACAAUCUUGGCUUUUCUGUCUGUAUUUUAAAUAAGAGGUUAAUGGGCAAUUGUAUUUUUGUUACGUUGGAAUUUUGCUGCAGUUUCCAAGGAGCGCAUUUUUUGUUUUUAUCUUAGAUGCUUUUUAUUUAGAUAACAAAAAAUUAGAUGUUCAGAAACAGUGUACAGUUACUUUAUCAUGUAUUUUGUGAUAACUAUUGGUCUGCCUUUCAGCAGAUAUUCUAUUGAAAUUGAUGUCUCUCUGUAUUAGUACACAUUACACCCAGUGGAGGUGAAAAAAGUGAAACCUGUGUCUAGUACCUGUCUGCUCUCUUUAUAUUUCAAGGCAGAAUGUUGCUAAGGCCCUAGUUUAUUCAGAAACCCUCCAUGCCCUUAAUCCUUUGGUGUGUGCACUUCAAACUUGGUUGAAAAAAAAAAAUCCUGUGCAAUUCUGUCAGACAAGAAGUACGUAAUAAUGCUUUGGUUUAAGUACAGAAUUUUAAUAUUAACUGCUUAUGUGAUGUUAUUUACAAUUCUAUUAUGUGUAUACAGUUAAUGUUGAUGAAGUGUAAGCUACUUGAGCCAAUGUCUAACUUAACAUGUAUUGUAAAACUGAGUGGGAGAAGUGUCCACUUGUAGAAGAACUGUUUCACACGGUUAAGGGGCCAUUUUACAUCAUUAAAAUUGAUUCCAUUUUCGUGA